AUGAAAGUUGGUGGAAUUUCCCUAUCCACCCCAAAGCUAUCAAUGCCUAUCAAUCUCCAUUGUAGAUCAAAAUCAGCAGCGACUCACAGAAUGCCAUUAAUGGUUGAGGCCGGAGAAUCCUCCGACGGAAAAAAGCCGAGCAAGGUUCCGAAAGGAUACCUUGCCGUCAUCGUCGGACCGAAAUUCAGAAGGUUUGUGAUUCCGAUAAGGUUUUUGAGCAUGCCGGAGAUGAAGAAUUUGAUGGAUAUUGUUGCUGAGGAAUUUGGCUGUGAUUAUCAUGCUGAUGGUGCUCUUCAUAUUCCAUGUGAUGAAGAUUAUUUUAGCAAUGUUUUGAUUAAUUGUUAUGCCACACAACGAAGCGUAUCUUCCAAGAAAAAUAAGAUCAAACUUGGUUCUAAGAUUCCCUUAAUUAACACUCAUUAA